UCCUUGCGGCGUGCGGCCCCGCUACACUUGGUUAAUUGCAGCAAUAGGGUGACGGCUGAUUACUGUUACUAACGAUUUCCGUUAAAAAGUCGGGUCCAGUUCCAGUUUCGAAAUCGAGUAACCAUGAUGGUCCCGAGGUCCUUUUUCUACUCUCGCAAACAACCUAUAUCCCCAACCUCCGUACCGAUCUCGACGACUAAGGGAUCUACACCUAAGCGGAAGGAUGAUCUGUCUACGAAGAAAGACGUCACCCCUAUCAAGCCUACCAAUAUUAGAACUCCGCCGAGGGACCUUGACAUGGCUAAGAAGAAGGGUCUACAGUCGGACAGGCUAUCUCCGCAAAGCCGUAGUCCGCCAAGUGCUACCAUGACCAACGCUGUCGCGCGACCAAAUACUCCUUCCAGCGCCGUACAGAUCCCCAUAAAAUCGAAGCAAGAUGCUGCACAUGCACAUAGACUGCGAUCUCAUGCGCAUGCGCCGCGAAAGCUUUCUCCGAGACAACCUCGCGAGGCGCAUUCUCCCGAUGCCAUCCCUCCGUCGGUGGCUGCAUUACUCGCCAUAACUAGCAUUCCUCCACCUAACCGGCGUAUGAGGUCACGACAACAGUCUAGGGAGUCGUCCAGGGAUUCGCGGAUGACCGUGGAUUCUAUCGUAACUCGAUCACAGGUAUCCGAAAAGGCACUAAGCCAGGAGCUCAGCGAGGAAUUUGCUCGAGAUUUGAGCGAUGGAAGUAUCGCAUCUUACGAUCGCAGCCCGAUGGAUGUAUUACUCAGCCCACCCGAUGAACUUGACGAGGAUGAAGCAUCCAUAAACAGCGACAGCGCCUUUACGUCGGUUCUUUCGACCCGCGCGGCAUCGUUUGAAAGUGUACCGUCAUUAGGGGAUUCAUUUGGCACCAGUUUUGUUCCUUCUAUCGACUCUCCUAUCACACCACGAGGGAGAAGAAUACGUCCACCAAGACGUUCACUGGAGCCGAUUUCCUCGCCACCUGGAAAACACCCGGAACACCCGCUAUCUAUUAAGAGCAAUGCGGAGAUUGAUCAACUCGAUUUCAGGGUCUUCGAUUCAAAGUCGGGGCCCGCUGAGCAAAAACAGGCUACGGGGCUGGCGCCUCUUAAAUCUGUCUUUAAAUCGAAUUUGACAGCGUCUCUCCGUGCAUUGCGCUCGGCGGCUCGAUCUUUGUCUAGUUUUACCGCUUCAUCGAUACCUCCCGAUGACUUUCUCACCAGAUCUAUACUCACAAUUGAUCCACGGGUCCCAUUCACCGAUGAAAGAAUGCCCCCUGUUAUGGAAGAGCCUAGCGAAGCAAUGCGUCGUUACUUAAAUCCGACGAGUAAUCUACGUCCCGAUUCACGUGUUCGGCCACCAACUCGCAGCUACACGGCUUCUAUUCAAAUGCAAACCUAUAAGAUCCAAAGGUCGAGGAGUGCCCCCGCAUCUAGCCGUUCAGGUGGCCAAGCAGGCAAUUCCAAAUCCCCAGCCGCCCUCGUAUUUCCGCCAGGCCCUCGACAGCGAGAGAUACGUGAGAACUCAGACUUCAUUCGCAUUGCUGUCCUCGAACACCUGAUGCGCAAACGCGGGAAAUUAGAUGACCAACGUGAAGGACAUGCGCGUUGGCUCCUACCGCCAAGAAAGUCCACGUCAAAACCUUACGAGAUUGGACCUGAUGGUAUUCCUGCUCGGUGGGUUGCUAUCUCACAGGAUACCAUUUGAGUUGAGGAAAAGCGAUCUUCGUUGAUUGCCCUCGCAGCCUCAUUGCGAUCAACAAGGAUGCAGGACCUAUGACUACUUUUGGAGGGGUCUAGAGAUGGCUGAGAAGCAAAUGUGGAUAUUCAACAUUGUGGGUUACCUAUGUCAUCCAACGAACAUUUUCAGGCUCGAAGCAGAGGAAUACGUGGAUCGCAGGCUUCGUCCCACACGCUACGUCAACCACGACUACCGAGAAACC